AUGUUCAUGCGAACGACGAAUUUGAGACCCACGGAGGUUGACGAUCUUCACGACGUCUUUAGGACUGAGUCCAGAUUACGCAACGCGAGCUUCAGGGCCAAACGAAGGGCGCUGCGACAAGAACAGCAGCAAAACUUACAACAACUUGCAGGUGCGCGCGAAGGCCUGCGGGACGCCGCGGAAGCUCAAGGUAUGCAGCUGCGAGUAGUGGCAGAGGCACAAAUGAGGCAAUUCGCAGAUCAGCGAGCUGCCAUCCAAAUUGUGCACGAGCAACUGCAGCAGGUCGAGCGACAAUUGCUGAGCGAAGCAGGGCUUCAGCGGCAACAACAAGGCACGCUGGUAGCGCAUCUGGAAGCUCAAGGGCGCAACUCACGCAGUUCUAAGCACGGCUGCUUUCUGAUCGAGAAGCGCUCGCACUGCAACACGACCAGGCAAGAGCAGCGCUUGCAGAUGCGUCAACUCAGACCAAGCAAACGCGGUCGCGCGCGAAACCAUGCGCAGCACAACGCGGCAGACGUCGAGCGUCGAGUGCAUGAAGCGGAAGAGCAAGGGUACGCGACACUCGAAGCAGCGGCACGCGAAGCAAUGCCACGCGAUGUGACGAACCGCGCAGCCGCUUAA